AUGACUACGUUCAUGGAUGUCAUCAGUUUUCAAUUUCCUGUACAUUAUUCGCGCAAUUCCCUGCCUGGCCUUAGCCCAGGCAGCUUCCGUUCGUUUCAGUCCACUGCGUUCCUCAAUGUGCCCGAGUCGCCUACAAUCGACACUCAACCCUCACAGCUUGAUGAUUACUUCAACCAAAAGCGGCCAGAAUCCUCACUCGACGAACAAUGCGCAGCAGUACCACAAGACGCAGUUAAUAGCUUAGCUGGAAAGAAAAAGCUUGAAAAGACCCCCGGCAUCAGAGUGAAACCGAAGCCCGCCGAAUAUCUCUCCAAAGCUUUGCGAAACGCUGGCUACGCCCUUGGAUACGAUGGCCAAUCAGCUGGGCUUGAUCGGGCUCACUUCAAAUACGCAAACCAAACACAGAAUGAGUUGAAGACAGUUGGUCGACCAAGAAAGCCGUCACUGCCGGUUAUUCUUGGGGAGUAUAUACGAGAGGUGGAUUCAGUGCUUUCAUCUGCGUCAGAUAAGCGUACGGAGAAGGAUUUGGAUGCAGCUCUCCAGACAGUAUUCAGAAACACAAGUCAUAAUUACUUGUCAUCGCGUGGCUAUGAUGCCGCCGAUGUGACUGCUUGGGCUUGGAUCAUGAAGAGCCAGGAUCCCCACGAGGCAAUGGUGCGGCUGUUCUCGAUCGAAACCGAAAGAGCCAAGUCUGGUGCUACUAGUCCAAACAUUCCACCUUUUAUCCCACUCUAUAUUUUGAGACAACAAAACCUCGACGCUCACACGUUCCGUUUGCUCUUGAUCCACUCUUUACAUCUCAUGAGCGGACAUACCUUCCCCAUCACUCAAACUCCUAUCAAGGUUGCCGAACAUGAUCUUGAGCUAUCUCCCGAGGACUUCCGCCCUCAAAUCGAUUCUGGAACCUGCAUGAUUCUGGUAGUUCGCCUAAUCCGUCAUGCUCGGCGCGUGUGGCCGCAAUCGCUUCUCACUAUUGCACGCGCGUUUGCCCGCUUCCUCUCAGUCCCAAGGGCAGACAACACCGAGAGAUCGGUUUUGGCGACUCAACAUGAUGAUCGCGUCAAAACCGUCAAAUUUAAUGAUUGUCUCUGGUUACUUUCCAUACCGUCCAACAUUGCUCCUUACCGCUCAACAUAUAUCCAACAACAAGCGCAAUUUGAGCUUCUUCGAGCCAUGGCCACCCACAAGCCCGUCCUACCCGUCACAAGAAAAGGAUAUCGAGCAGUUGUUGCGGUUCAGCUGGCCCAUAAGAAAACGUUUGAAGAGCGCCAGUCUGCUGAACUGAAAGCUCCAUCAUGGCCUCCGUGGAAGGAAGAGAAACUGGGAAUUGAUUCCCAGCGCGGCAAUGAAGGGAUGUUCAGCCGUGCGAUGCAGGUACUUUCGCAAAUGAAAGAUGCCGGCUAUUCUCAUCGUCUUUGGGAGGACAUAUCCUCGAUUUUGGCGGGUUGGGACACAGAUCAUAGCCCUACAGUGCAGACGAGGGCUAUGAUGCGUCGCCCACAAGCUUUGCCGGACGGACAUGGAUCCAAGUCGAAUCAUCAUGAAAUGUGGGUUGCUCGCAUUCGAGCAACGAGGACUGUCCGUGAGGCCUGGGCGUGCUUUCUCUCCUAUCAGGACCAUGGACUGCCUCCGAAGGGUGCCAUUUACGCUGCCAUGGCCGAAAAGUUAAUUUACCGACGGAACGCUAUAGAACGCGAGUUUGACCAAAUGAGUCAUGCUCUACCAGGCGAUGGCCGCGAAGUUCACCCCGAACCGGCUUCUGCUCGUGACAUUAUCUACGUGGCCACAGAACCACCUACCGUGGAUGAGUUCCUUGAUCAGAUGUGCGCACAGGGGCUUCGGCCUUCUGGCAGAUUCCUCAGCCUACUACUUCAAUCGGCUCCUUCUCUACGUUCGGGAUUGCACUAUCUCCAAUGCAGUGGCCUGACAAAUUCCCAAAUUGAGGUGCUCUCCGUUGUGCGGAGCGAGUCCCACAAAUACCACAGCUUGGACCUCAAGGAUUUCCAUGAAUUGCCGGACUUGGUAUUUGCAUCGUUCAUCAAGUUUUUAUGCACACAUUCAGAUAUUGCCAAUUUGGAUGUCAGCAAUCGUAAUAUUCUCUCAGCGGAUCGUUUCCCGGCCUUGAUAGCCGCUGACUGCUCGAUCGGUGCCAAAGUGGACCUCGUCGCAUAUUCUCAGGAACAUCCAGGAAACCAGCAUCACCCAAGGGCUUUAUGGCAUGCGAUCCAAUUGACAAAAUUGCGAUGUGCUCCCUACACCCCGGCCUGGACCCACAUUCUAUUUGCCCUGACCCGUGAGCGCCUGGCUGGGUAUUAUGGUGCAAGAAGCCGAAGUCUUCAGCGCAUACUGGCAUGGCACCAGGCUCUCAGAGCAUUGAGUUGGAUGCGGCAGCGUGAUGUCGAACUUGGCGAAGAGGGAUUCCGCAUUUUAUGUGUGACGUUUACAAAAGCCAUUGAUGCUGCCCUCAGACACCCUGGCACUACCGAACAAAGCUUUAUGUUGAUUCAUAAAGCUCGUAUUCGUCGUCUCAAGGCGAAAAAAGAAGGCGAUGACGAUGUUGACGCUUUGAUGCAGCACGCGCUGCACGUCUUGAAGCGUCAGUUUGAUCAUCUUGUUCUCCCAGCCUCCAAAACCUCGGAGCAUGCGGAACGAAGUGUCUUUGCCGCAGAAAUCGCUUCUGACACAAAUCCCAAUGUUCCCUCGAUGCUGCAAAUACCAUCACCUGCUACGCUACAUGCCUUUGUUCGGGCUCUGGGGUCUGUAGGAGAUGAUGAAGGGUUGUUACAUCUGCUGCACUGGAUGAGUCGGUCAGCUGAUCUGCUCAAGGAAGCUGCAGAUGAACAUGCAAACGGUGGCAAAAUGAUGCGUCGAACCUUUGUGGCGAUCAGGGUGUUUUUGGAGCGACGACAGCAACGGAUUGACACUCGGGUACCAUCGGACCUGAUCGUGGAGGCAUACGACCUUAUCAGCCGGACAGGCUGGGACUGGCCGAGUGAUGCGGAGGUUACAGAAUACUGUCAGUGA